GGAUCCCAGGCAGCACGGGCAGUGUGAGGCUGGAGCCGCUCAGUGCACAGGACACCAAUCUCCCGGCAGCCAGGUAACAUCAGUUUUGAGACUAAUAAUCUACAUACGAAGGCUGAGAACAGUUUCAUCACAAUCUCGUGUCCUCUGUAGUUCUUGUGAGAAGUGUGUUGGACAGCUUGAAAAGAAGGGUGGCUAGCCGUGGUUCAUUGUGUGUCCUGUCCUCCCAACAUUUUCCUUACACCUCAGGUCGCGUCAUCCACAGUUCCUCAGCUCUGCUUCUUGCUUUUCUUUCACCGAUCACCAUGACUUUUGGCCACCACUCCCUCAGUUUCUCUCUGCAGCUAAGUUUUCUCCUUGGAUCCAUCUUGAGCCUGAGCUUUGGAUUAGAGUUCAUGGGCCUUCCCAAUCAGUGGGCUCGAUACCUUCGUUGGGAUGCCAGCACCCGCAGUGAUCUCAGUUUCCAGCUCAGGACCAACGUCUCUACUGGUCUCCUCCUCUACUUUGAUGAUGGAGGCAUUUGUGACUUCCUGUGCCUUUCACUGGCAGAUGGUCGCGUCCAUUUGCGCUUCAGCAUUGACUGUGCAGAGACCGUUGUGCUGAGUGACAAAAAAGUGAAUGAUGGUGGUUGGCACUUCCUGAUGAUUAGUCGGAAUCGACUGCGGACCAUCAUGGUUCUGGAUGGGGAAGCCAUACCUGGAGAGGUCCGUCCACAAAGACAGCACAUGAAUAUUGUCAGUGACCUAUUUGUGGGUGGUGUCCCAGGAGAUAUUCGAUCUGAUGCGCUGACACUCGGCACUCUGAGGGAUAUACCUCCAUUCUCUGGAUACCUUCUUGACCUUAAGUAUGGCAACUCUGAGCCAAGGUUACUGGGGAGUCAAGGGGCUCGGUUGGAUCUGGAGGGACUAUGUACUGAGAACCCAUGUGAGAAUGGAGGAACCUGUCUUCUACUGGCUGGGGAACCCACCUGUGAUUGUACGGCCACUGGAUAUGGGGGCAAGUUUUGCUCAGAAGCGAGAGAGGACAAUGUGGCCACGUUCCGUGGAUCAGAGUAUUUAUGCUAUGACUUGUCUCAGAACCCAAUCCAAAGCAGCAGCGAUGAGAUCACAUUAUCAUUCAAGACUCGGCAGAGGAAUGGCCUUAUCUUGCACACAGGGAAGUCCGCAGACUAUGUCAACCUGGCGCUGAAAGGAGGAGCCGUUUCAUUAGUCAUCAACUUGGGCUCAGGUGCCUUUGAGGCCAUCGUGGAACCAACCAAUGAUAAAUUCAAUGACAACGAAUGGCAUGAUGUCAAGGUUACCCGAAACCUACGCCAGCUCUCUGGCAUUGGACACGCUAUGGUGACCAUCUCGGUGGAUGGAAUUCUGACCACGACGGGUUACACCCAGGAAGAUUACACCAUGCUGGGAUCAGACGAUUUCUUCUAUGUAGGAGGAAGUCCAAGUACCGCAGACCUUCCUGGAUCUCCUGUUAGCAACAACUUCAUGGGCUGCUUGAAAGAGGUUGUAUACAAAAACAAUGAUAUCCGCCUUGAGCUUUCUCGUUUGGCCCGUAUUGGAGAUACCAAGAUGAAGAUCUAUGGAGAUGUGGUAUUCAAAUGUGAGAAUGUAGCUACCCUUGAUCCUAUCAGCUUUGAGAGCCCAGAAGCCUACAUCAGCCUUCCCAAGUGGAACACAAAACGGAUGGGGUCCAUCUCUUUUGAUUUUCGCACUACUGAACCGAAUGGCCUCAUCCUCUUCACCCAUGGGAAGCCUCAAGACAGGAAAGAUAUCAGGAGCCAGAAAAACACAAAAGUGGACUUCUUUGCAGUAGAGCUACUGGAUGGGAAUCUAUAUCUUCUACUGGACAUGGGCUCAGGGACAAUUAAAGUUAAAGCCACCAGCAAGAAGGCAAAUGAUGGAGAAUGGUGCCAUGUUGACAUCCAAAGAGAUGGCAGAUCAGGCACUAUUUCUGUGAACAGCAAGCGCACGCCAUUCACUGCCAGUGGGGAGAGUGAAAUCCUGGACUUGGAAGGAGACAUGUAUUUAGGGGGUCUUCCAGAGAACCGUGCAGGGCUUAUCCUGCCCACUGAGCUGUGGACAGCUAUGCUGAACUAUGGUUACGUGGGGUGCAUCAGAGACUUAUUUAUUGACGGGCGCAGUAAAAACAUCCGAGCAUUGGCAGAAGCACAGAACGCAGCAGGGGUGAAGUCCUCUUGCUCUCGGAUGAGUGGAAAGCAGUGCGAUAGCUACCCUUGCAAAAACAAUGCCGCCUGCAGAGAUGGUUGGAACCGCUUCGUAUGUGAUUGUACUGGCACAGGGCACUGGGGUAGAACCUGUGAAAGAGAGGCCUCCAUCCUGAGCUAUGAUGGGAGCAUGUAUAUGAAAAUUAUCAUGCCAGUUGUGAUGCACACUGAAGCCGAGGAUGUCUCUUUUCGCUUCAAGUCUCAGCGAGCCUAUGGGUUAUUGGUAGCCACCACGUCCAGAGACUCUGCCGACACCUUGAAGUUGGAGCUAGACAGUGGAAAGGUCAAACUCACUGUCAACCUAGACUGUAUCAGGAUAAACUGUAACGCCAGUAAGGGACCAGAAACCCUUUAUGCUGGACAGAAGCUGAAUGAUAAUGAAUGGCACACAGUCCGAGUUGUACGACGAGGAAAGACCCUAAAGCUAACCGUGGAUGAUGAUGUGGCCGAAGGUACUAUGGUGGGAGAUCACACCCGCCUGGAAUUUCACAACAUUGAGACCGGGGUGAUGACAGAAAAGCGAUUUGCCUCCGCCGUCCCCUCGAGCUUCAUUGGGCACCUCCAGAGCCUCAUGUUCAAUGGCCUCCUUUACAUCGACCUGUGCAAGAAUGGCGACAUAGAUUACUGCGAGCUGAAGGCGCGGUUCGGCAUGCGCUCAAUUAUAGCAGACCCGGUCACAUUCAGGACAAAGGCCAGCUACCUGACCCUUUCCACCUUACAAGCUUACACCUCAAUGCAUCUCUUCUUCCAGUUCAAAACCAUUUCACCAGAUGGUUUCAUUCUAUUCAACAGUGGGGACGGCAAUGACUUCAUCGCUGUGGAGCUAGUGAAGGGGUAUAUUCACUAUGUGUUUGAUCUCGGGAAUGGCCCUAAUGUCAUUAAAGGAAACAGUGACAAACAGCUUAAUGACAACCAGUGGCAUCAUGUGGUCAUAACAAGAGACAACAGCAACACGCACACUUUAAAAGUGGACACUAAAGCUGUUACACAGGUCAUCAACGGUGCCAAAAAUUUGGACCUUAAAGGUGACUUGUUCAUUGCUGGCCUGGUUCAGGGCAUGUAUAGCAGUUUACCAAAGCUAGUGGCCUCUCGUGAUGGAUUUCAAGGCUGCUUGGCAUCUGUUGAUCUAAAUGGACGUCUGCCGGAUCUCAUUAAUGAUGCACUGCACCGCAGUGGGCAGAUUGAACGUGGAUGCGAAGACGCUUUGACCAAAGCUAAUCUACAAGGUCCAACCACCACUUGCCAAGAAGAUUCCUGUGCUAACCAAGGAGUCUGUAUACAGCAGUGGGACGGGUUUACCUGCGAUUGUUCUAUGACAUCAUACUCAGGGACUCAGUGCAAUGACCCUGGAGCCACCUACAUAUUUGGGAAAAGCGGUGGACUGAUCCUGUACACCUGGCCACACAACGACCGCCCCAGCACUCGCACAGACAGAUUAGCUGUGGGAUUCAGCACAACUGUAAAGGACGGGAUCCUAGUGCGAAUUGAUAGUGCUCCGGGACUCAUGGACUUCCUGCAGCUCCACAUAGAGCAGGGCAAAGUUGGAGUGACUUUUAACAUUGGGCUCAUGGACAUUUCCAUCCGAGAGGAGAGUACACCGGUAAAUGAUGGUAACUACCAUGUGGUGAGGUACACCCGCAAUGGAGGAAAUGCCACCUUACAAGUGGACAACUGGCCAAUCAAUGAGCACUUUCCAGGAGGCAACACAGAACUGCACCAAAAGCCGAAGCUGCCCUAUAAAUUACCUCGGACCCCAGAGGAUGGGCAGCAGGAUAAAGGGCUCAUUAUCUCAGGACUGGAAGAUGGCACAAGACUCCUGAAUCCUGAGUUCAAGAGAGUGGGACCUGCCCUUCCAAAAGGACGGCCGCUGACGAUCUUCAAUACCCAGGCCCAGAUAGCCAUUGGAGGAAAGGACAGAGGGCGGCCAUUCCAAGGUCAGCUCUCAGGGCUGUACUAUAAUGGUUUAAAAGUGCUGAACAUGGCAGCUGAACACAGCCCUCACGUCAACAUAAGUGGGAGUGUAAGGCUAGUGGGUGAGGUGCCCUCAAUUCUUGGGACAACACCAACCACCUCUAUGCCUCCUGAAAUGUCCACCACCAUUAUGGAGACCACUACAACACUCGCUACCACCACCACCAGGAAGAACCGGUCUUCUCCAGGAUCCACGCUUACAGACGAGAUUGUCUCAUCGGCAGAAUGUUCUAUCACUAGUGACGAUGAAGAUAGUGUAGACUGUGAAUCUGCUACAGGAGGUGAAUUAGUAAUCCCUGUCCUGGUAGAGGAUCCUUUAGAUAUCCCUUCAAUAGUUACACGUAUUCCCUCCAUUACUCUCCCUCCCACCCUUCGACCACUCCUCACCAUAAUUGAGACCACCAAAGAUUCCCUGUCUGUGACCCCUGAUGCUGGGUUACCGUGCUUUUCGGACCAAGGCAGCGAUGGUUGUGAUGAUGAUGAUGGCUUGGUGAUAUCUGGGUAUGGCUCAGGGGAAACAUUUGACGCUAACCUGCCCCCUACCGAUGACGAAGAUUUUUACACCACCCUCUCCUUGGUAACAGAUAAGAGCUUUUCCACAUCAUUCAUCGAUGGUGGCUACAAAUCACAGGCGCCCAAAUGGGGAUCAAAGGACUUUAGACCUAACAAAGUCUCCGAACCUGGUAGGACUUCUACCACAAGUUUGCCCCCUGAGCUGAUACGCUCCACGUCUUCAUCUGGGAUGGUGCCCAUGGUGCCAGCUGGCAAAAUGAAUAAUCAUGAGCUUAAACCCCAGCCUGAUAUAGUCUUGCUACCGUUGCCCACUGCCUAUGAGCUAGACAGCACCAAGCUCAGGAGUCCACUAAUAACACCCCCCAUGUUCCGUAAUGUGCCCACAGCAAACCCCACGAUGCCGGGAAGCAGACGAGUCCCGGGGGCUUCUGAGGUGGUCCGGGAGUCCAGCAGCACCACGGGAAUGGUCGUCGGCAUUGUGGCAGCCGCUGCCCUCUGCAUCCUGAUCCUCCUGUAUGCCAUGUACAAGUACAGAAACAGGGAUGAGGGGUCCUACCAGGUGGAUGAGACGCGGAAUUACAUCAGCAACUCUGCUCAGAGCAAUGGGGCCCUAGUGAAGGAGAAGCAGCACGGCUCUAAAGGCGGCCACAAGAAGCAGAAAAAUAAGGACAAAGAGUACUAUGUGUAAAUUAAAAUUAAUAUAUGUAAUCAAAGCAAAUAUGUGAACAAAACAGCAAAAGGCAUAACAAACGUUGCUAUUGAUGUAUAGAAAUCUAAAUAUCUGCAGACAGUAGCAGUAAUGUUCUGAAAGUGAAAAUUGGAGCAUCAGCUGCCCUUGUGCCAGAGGCAUGAGAGAGAGAGAGCUGUCACGGUUUCACCCAGGCUGCAAACAGCUAACUUUCUUACUCAACUGUAAUAUAAAAGCACACUUAUUCUAUUGCCACGGAUGGCAAUAAAAUGAAAUAUAUAGAUAUAUAUCUCUACAGAAGAGAAAGCUUAGUGAGCUCCGGCUGACCAGUUCUAGGGCUCUCUCCUCCAGCUGCAUGGGUCCAAUUAUAGAGGAGACCCUGGACUCCAUUGCAACACCACUCCGAGAGAGCCUUAUAAUACUAACUGACUGAACCGAAUCUUAUUUCAACAAAUAUGGUUUCUUUUUUGUUUUUCAUUUUUAUGUUUCUGGUUUUGGAAGAUAUUUAUGUUCUUUUGGGUUUAUUUUCAUGCGUUUUGAACGAUCAAAUAACUUUGUUUAUAAAGAAAAACAUCACAUGGCAAAAUGUAGCCAUGCCCAGCCAAGGAACUGUAGAUUCCAUGUACAAUACCAGAGCGAAUGAUUUGGAGUGCGUGAGAGUAUGUCUGUGCCCUGCGUGAUUAUAGCUGGAGAUUGUUGCCAUACAAAUAAAUCAUAAUGUGUUCUCUUUGCAUAGCAGGUUGUGGUGUCUAUAGAACAUAUUCUUUGCAGUAUGUUUUAAUAAAACACAAAAACUAUCUUGGAAAGAGAAUUGGCAAGGACUAGGUCUGUUGUGAGAUCUGGCCAAUGUCUGUAUAUACUCAGAACUCUGUCACAUGGUCACAAGCUCCAAUGCUAAAGAGAAUGGAAGCAGCUUGCCUACUGUCAAGUUACAGCCAAACAGCAGCAAUUGAAAAUGAUCAAGAAUUAAACAUCUAAAAAGAUAUACAAGUGAAAAAACAAAACAAAAAAAACACAUCCCUAAAAGGGGAGGAAUAUCAGAGACUUUUACUUUGCGUUCUGGUUUUGUGACUUCCUGCGAUGCAUGCAAAAAAGAAAACUAAAAUAAAAAUUAAAAAUUAAAAAAACAACAACUAAAACAAAGAACUGGUGGGAAAUUUAAAAGAAGAAUCUGUUUGAUGGGACAACACUUGUGACAACUUUAAAAAUAGGUCACAAAAGCCAAAAUGUGUCAUGAAGCGGAAUCCACGUGUUUUUCUUUUCAUACAGUGUGGAAUGUUCUUUGAAUUAGCACCCACCCAUUCUGCCUUUAUUUUAGGACUACAAUUAAAAUGGAGAUACUUUGUCACAGAUGAAUUUAUCAGAGAAAAUAAAAUGAAUUUUAUUACUA